AUGAGCUAUCAGACUGAAAAGGGCGAAAAUAAGACUGACUUGGGUGAAAAUAUGGGUUCUGGGAACCAAGAUUAUGGCAUUCCUCUCGAUACAAUUCCUGCAAUUGUGAUCAUGGUAUUGAUCCUGGUUAUAAACAGCGGUGUCAUCCUCCUUAUCAGCUACUACUCCUCGCUAAGAACCUCAAGUAAUAUCAUCCUGGCCAGUUUAGCCGUGUCAGACUUCCUGGUAGGUUUGGUUGGUAUUCCACUGCUCGUGGCAUGCAGUUCCACACUAAUAUCUUCCAUCUGCGUAAGUUCCUACACCUUUUUCACAUUUAUGGCCCUGUCUACCGUGCUUCACAUCACCGUAAUGACUUGUGAUCGUUACAUAUACAUCAUGUGGGCACUACGUUACUGCGAAAUUGUUCGUCGUGGUAGAGUCCUGACUGUGCUCGGGUUGACCUGGUUUCUUAGUCUUAGCUCUUUGAUUCGUCUUUGGUGGACGUGGAAUAUCAAUGUGCAGACAGCUGAAGAAGACUUGGCCCCUAUGCGUCAGAAAGAAACCAUUCUAUUCCUGUUCAAUAUUGUUAUGUUCUUCCUCGUUCCUCUGAUUGUGAUGAUAGUUCUUGACGUCCACAUGCUGUUAUUGCUGCGGAGACAAUGCCAGAGAAUCGCGCGGGAAAAUUUACCGACGGAAUUCGUAAAACGCGAGAAGAAACUCCAACGAAGACGCCGAAGGGCUGUAUUGACUUGCGUAUUACUACUGACACUUUACGUUAUUUUCUGGCUACCAUAUUUCAUUUUAGAAAUCUUGCAACAGAAUCAUCAGGGUCAGUUGCCGAAGCAAGUGGUUAUCAUUAUUUAUUACUUAAGGAUUUGUACAUCCGUGUUCAAUCCGUUGACAUACACUUUGAGGAAAUACGACUUGAAAAAGAAGGCUAAAUACAUCAUCAGGAAAUUUUUCUGUUGCAGGAAUGAAAAUGAUUCACCAGAAAAGUUCGUUUAA